GUUAUUUAUAAAACCAUAACUCAAUUUAUAAUAGUUAAGAUGCAGAUGCACCUCCCUGAAAAUAAUCCUCUUAAUUCCCCAAUACUCACCCCUGAAGUUGAAAAUUCUUCUGCUCUUCUGUUCAUGGCAUUAUUUGGCUGAAUAAUUUUUAAAUUAAAUCUGAAUAUACAGCUUCUUCCAAACGUCUCAUAACCGUAGUCGGCUUGUUUACCAGCUUUGUUUUCUAAACACGCGGUUGUUUUUUUUUUCAAACUUAAAAACGAUAAGAGUGAGUGAGUUUCCUGUGCUGUUAUGCGUUAGACGUGAUGAGAUAUUUAGAAAUGGUGACGAUUAUAAUGCACUUCACAAGCAUAUCUACUAAGCGAUACAAACACAUAUCCUCAGAAAGUAUCGAAAAUAUUUUAUACUACAAAGACUGUAAUCAUAAACAGAAAACAACGGUGAGUCCUGUCUUCCUAUCAGCCCCACAGCAGCAGGAGUGUAAAAUGAGAUGUACGAUGUGUUGCGGUGACCAAUGCGUUGACAGUCAAAAAUUGUCCUUAGGCAGACAGAUGCAAGGACAAAACAAUAUAGAAUUAGAGUCUAAAUUACGUCAACCAAAUAUGAAGCCUCCAAUGUUAAAACAGAAGAAAAUGAAACCGCAGUUACCACUCAUAUUACCAGUUGCCUCAGCAUCAGGGAGAAGAGGCUUCGGUUUUACUAAAGAAAACGUAAAAGCUCUGAUAUCCAAGGACGAAGAUAUAAGGAAAAUCCUUAAGGAUCUAGUGAGAGUCACGAUGCAGAAGGUGGAUUUGAUGAAUUUGUUAAAAGGGAGACAAAAUGUAAAAACAAAAGAAGAUUCGUCAAUCGAUAACGAUAGCGAUUCUGAAAACGAUUUGUGAUGUGAUACUUAGUGAUAAAAUUUAAAUACAAAUAUAAUAUUAACAAAUGUUACCAUACCAUAAGUAUCUCCGCCUCGAAUUUUAUUUGCCAUUUGGAUAUAUGUAAAAACCUCGAUGUAAGAACGUAGCAUUGAUUGGAAUAUAAUUAUAAAAGGGA